CCUCAGAGUGUGUUGGGCAGUCUCAAAAAAUAUCUACAACACGUUAUUUUAGUUUCUUGACAUUUGUUUUUCAUUACGGUCCUUUAUUUUCCCUACAAUAUUCUAUACUCGUUACAACACACUAUCUACACUCAAAAAGCACUUUUAACAACAACUAUCUAUACUGUGUGUGUUGUUUUUCUUUUUUAAACUUCUUAUACUUUUUUUUUAAAAUAUAAAUAAAAAUACCUGAACGGAUUCUAUUUUGCUUUUCGUCUUGUUAUUUUUCAAAAAAAAAAAAAAAAUAUUUUUUUUUCUUGUAUCUAUUUCGAUGUUAAAUGUUAUCCUGACAAUACUUUCAUCAUCUCAAUUCAAACCAAGUCUCUGAGAACAACAAACAAACAAAAUAUAAGCAAAUAAAACUUUAAACUAAACGAGGAAAAAUGUGUGUCGUGAAAAGAAGCAAUCAAAAGUGUUUGCUUCAAAAUUGUACCUAUUUGAAAAACAAAACAUGUGUUUAGUUUCGUUUGCUGUAGGCCAGAAAGGAAAAUGGUAUCUUAAUCCAGACAAAAACUUCAGUCUACAGACACCGUAAUUUGAUUUCUACCUAAACAAAUAAGGACUUCUCACAGAAUUGCAUUAACACACACUCUCACACACAUCGAAUCAAUUGCAAAAAUCAUGGAAAAUUUUUUUCAUUUUGUCCAAUUUCAAAUAAGCAGCACGUACAAUAAAGAAAAAAAGUUCCUGUUACAUCGACUAAGUAAAAGAACCUCCAGCACUACACAAAAGGAUGCCAAUUUGUUGGAUCAACAAAACAACAUCAUUUAUUUUUUAGUUAAAACUUAAAAUAAAAGGAUCCAAAUAGAGAAACCUUAAAUUAUUACCCAAAUUUUAAGGAGGAAGAGAGAGAGAGAUAGAGAGAGAGAGAGAGGCAGAAAGAGAAAUAAAAUAAAAUAAUACAAAGAUUGACAGAAAGCCCCCCCUUCCCCCCUAAAAGAACAAAACAAACACAACAACAACCAGACUUUGUUGCACAAGGUUGUGUGCAAAAAGGGAUGUUCAUACCUGAUACACUGAGAAGCUGUAUGAUCGAGACGGACGUAUCAUCGUAUCUACAGACAUCAUCCUCAGGACAGGUGCUUGUGCUACUCUACUGCUACCAACCAGCCGAAAUCCAUAUCAUAUGUAAUUAACAUAUGUCAUUAACAUAACCAAAAGCAAAAAAAAGCAAUAAUCAGAAUCAGAAAACAAAACAAAACAAACAGAAAAAUAAUGCCAAACAAAAAAUGUUUUCUUUUACAUAAUUAAAAAAAUUGUGUUUUGUGAAUUCUAAAUUAACUUAACCAAACAAAAAUUUAUAAAAAAAAAAAAAAAAAAACAACGAAAGACUUAGAAAAUUGUCUAAAAGCAAAAAACCUCUUGAUCGAGAAUGCGUUGUAAAAACAUGUUGUGUGUGAUGAAUUUCAUCCGUUUAUUGAGGCCCUCCUGCCUUUCGUUAAGUCAUUUUCGUACUCAUGGUUUAAUUUACAAGCCGCAAAAAGAAAAUACUAUAAGAAACACGAAAAACGAAUGUCACUUGAGGAAGAGAGGCACUGCAAAGACGAAUUACAGAACGAAAAAGCGGAAGUAAAACAAAAAUGGGCAUCACGUCUGCUUGGAAAACUUCGCAAGGACAUUACACAAGAAUGUCGAGAAGAUUUUGUUCAAAGCAUCACGGGCAAGCGCCAAUCGAUAUGUGUCCUAUCGAAUCCAGAUCAAAAGGGCAAAAUGCGACGCAUCGAUUGCUUGCGACAAGCUGAUAAAGUCUGGCGUUUAGACUUAGUUAUGGUGAUAUUGUUUAAGGCUAUACCACUUGAAAGUACUGAUGGUGAACGAUUAGAAAAAAAUCCCGAAUGCACACAUCCGGGAUUGUGUGUUAAUCCUUAUCAUAUAAAUGUUUCAGUUCGUGAGCUGGAUUUGUAUUUAGCCAAUUUUAUAAACACACAUGAUAAUUUAAGUCCACCGCUAAUAUACAAUAACAAUAAUAAUAAUAACAGUAAUAAUAAUAAUAGCAAUAAUAAUAACAAUAAUAGCAAAAAGGGAGAUGAUGACCGUAAGCAGAAAGGUUACUCUCAUAAUCCAUACAAUGGAGUCAUAUGCAAUGAUAUCAUUCUGGCCACAGGUGUGUUCUCUUCCAAGGAACUUUGGAAGCUUUCGAAAGCAUCGAUUUUGGAAGAAACAAAUGAUCUUAUUCAAGCGAAUACAAAUGCAAUUAAAAUGGAAAAUGCCAGUAGUAUAUACGAUUGCAAUACAUAUUCGCUAUCAGCGCCACCUAGUGGUAUCGUUUCAGCCGUAACAGAUCGUUCACUCGGUCCAUCGAUGGUUUUGGCUAGCGGUUAUAGCAUUGAUUUUGUUGAUCCUCGGGGUAUGCAUCUGUCAAAUUCAGCGCAGUUACGCGCUCAAGCAUCAUGUAAAAACGAUCCGUGUUCCUCUCCGCCAGAUGGAAAUGGCAGUAGUUUUUCUGUUAUUCUGCGGCACAGUGAUCAGUCGCUAGGCGGAAAUUCUUCGGAAGAUGGUAUUUCCUUGCAAAGGUACACACCAACCGGUCACUCUACCUCAAGAAUUCUCACCAUGAGUCAAGCGAGAUCGAAUGAAGUAUUAAUUCAGCAGAAUGCCAGCGGGCUGGUCCCGCAUGCGGUCAGUCCAAGUGCGGUAUAUUAUCAGCAUAGCAGUCCCUCAGGACCGUCUGACUCACAGGCCUCUAGCGAGGGCAGUCAAACGCAUCAGGAGCAACAGCAAUCUCUACAAAGUCAUCACAACCAUCCACAGAAUCCGCAUCACCCGUCACAACAUACACAUCAUUCGACACAUCCGCAUUCAGUUGCAACCAAGUAUCCCAAUGAGGUUGGCAACGGACACGACACACUUUCAGAUUUUGUUACAUUUGUGUGCCAGGAAACCGACAAUAAUCCCCACAUUUCGAGUUCAGCUGCUGCUUCGGCAGCGUCUGCAUCAGCCGCUGCUGCUGCAGCUGUAAGUCAAUUCCAGGUGCAACAAGGCGGACGGAGUUUGAAGUCACAAUACGCUCAAUACAGCACAAUGCUGCCACCACCUCCAUUGCCCCCAAUGGCACGGCCGGUUGCCAUCAUUCGCUCAACUGGCGAUCUGACUAUGGUUGGAAGUCCGCCCUCGUCCGUCACACCACCUGCUGGUUCAGCCUCAACAAUAUCUUCACCCUCUCAUCAUCAUCAAGAUCAAGACUCAAGUUUACCAAGCGGUAGUUCUUCCAACGGUGGUGGUGGAAGAAAUUCUUCUGGUGGUGGUAGCGGAUCAACAUCCAACACCGGAACCUCAAAUAAUGGCAACAAUUCAACGGGUAAUUCGAGUGGCAAUAGUAGCAGCAACGGUUGCAAUAUUGGCCAGCCAAGUGAAAUAAGUUCAGUGUCUCCGCCAUUGAGUCAUCUCGAUGUAACGCGAAAAAAUUUGGCACGCAUCUCAAGUAACCCGUAUCCACCCAAUGGCCGUGAAUAUGUGCCGUUCAAUAAUUUCCAUACACAACCAACACCGCUUCUUGGUUAUACAACUUCAAUAUCAACAAUGUCGGGCGUUAUUAGUCCGACAAAUUUAAGUUUGUAUUCAUCGCCUAGAACAACACCACGAAGCCGAUGGAAUGCCCCAUUCAUGAUGGAAGAAGAUUUCAAUAUGAUAACACAUUCAAUAAGCAGUAAUAAUCCUGAAGCAGGAUCAGUGAUUUUAAUGGAAGAGGAACAUGCGUCUGCUUCACGCUACAAUGAGGACUACCCUAAUCGGGAUUAUGUGACAUGAUAACAAAUGAUGAUGUAUUAAGAGGAAUACGCUUAUUAAAUUUAAUUUAUAUCGAAGACUACUCAAAGACAUAACAAAUUAAAAAAAAAAAAAAUAAUAAUAUCUUAAAUUCAUACAUACGUAACAGCAAACAAGACAGCAACAUUAAAAAAAAAAAACAUACAAAAUAGCAGUAUCGGGUUCUUACUGGUCAAAGGCCCUUUCAAUAAAAGCUUUAAAAAAAUAACUUAAAUUUAGCUCGUGGACUAAAAGUUAAAAUAAAAGAAACGGAACCAAAGCAUUUGUUUAAGCAUAAAGCAAAGUAAAAAUAAAAUUAAAAAAUAAAAAAAAACACAUAAUUUAUCAUUAAUAGAGCAAUAGUUAAUUAAAACAAAUAAAAUAAAUUAGAAAACAGACAAUAGUAGAUUUAAUUAAAAUAUUAUAUAAUAUUAUAUUAAUAUAUACAAAAUAAUAACAAAAAAAAAAAACACUGAAAUAAAGUAAAACCAAAUUAAAACUUAAUGCCAUAUGUAGGUAUUUUUUGAAAUUAUGUUUCAAAAUAUGGUCAAUACCUACAUAGAUUAAAUAUUUUUAUUAUUUAUCAUUAACGAACACACAAAAAAAAAUAUUUAAUAACAACUUUUAAGUAGUCAACUCUAUAAUUAAGAACUAUAAAAGCAAAAUUGUUUUAUGGAUUACGUUUUUAUUUUAUCAUAAAAUGGGUAACCAUUAAAUCUUAAACAAACACACACAAAAAAUGUUGAUCUCUCGCCACAUUAAUGAUAUAAGAUUUAUAAAAAUAAACAAUAACAAAAAUUUCAAAAAAAUUUCAAAUGAAAAGUUCUUCAUUAUUGUAAGUAGCGAUCCACAAUACAAGGGGAGCAAUUCAUUUUUUUGUUAAGUUGUUUUUACAUUUGUAUAUUUUUUUAUAAUUUUCUUUUUAGUAAACUUUAUUUAUUUUAUUUUUAAAGGUCAAGUAAAAUUUUUAGUUUGAGUUUUAACAAAGUUUACAAACGCGCUCUAUAUUAUUAUCAAGAUUUUCAUAUCUUUAAAUUAACGCAAAGACUUGAAUCUUUUUAAUGUCUGCUCCUAUAAAUCUUUACAGAAUCUACUGUUACUUUUGAAAAGCUUUAUAAAAACAAAACUGUUAGCUGGGGUGACAAUUUUUUUUCUAUUUUAUUUUAUUACUUUUAAAAGAGGCACACUCUAAUACUCUGAUAUGGUCUUAUCAAGAGCCGAUAAUAAUUAGUUAGUGCUUGUCAGAAAAGGCCUAAAGGAGUCUUAAAUAAUAAAUGAAAUCACAUUAAAUAAAACGGCUAUUGGCAGAGCCUCAACCCUAUGAAGACAAAUUUUGCUCUUAUAAAGCUUUACAGAAGCAAAAUUAAUAGUUAGGGAAAUUAUAAUGACACUAUUAAGAACUCCAGAGAAUUUUCCGCCCUGCUAUCGUGUCGUGCGUCAUAGGUUUUCUAUAUCAAAAUAAAUAAAUUAUACAAAAAACAAAAAUAAAUAAUUAAGAUAAAUUGGGCCCACAGUCUUGCGCCUUAGGCAGUUCAACGUUUGCCUCUGUUAACAUGUACAAUUUCCAUUGAAAUUCAGAGAAAUCUUUUUAAAGAGAGUGUCUUUCUUUACUGAUAGCCUUAGCUAUAUUCAAUAUCUCCCGAAUAAAUAAAAGAUGUUGCAAACUUUGUUAAAAUAUAUUAAUAAUUUUACUGCUUAAACUUUAUUUCUAAAGUCAUAAAACAAUUUAAUAAAUUGUCUAUUUUUUUUUGUUUAAUAAUAAAAAACUUAUCGUAAAUAGUAGUUUAACGAGACAACAAAAAAAAAAAGAAAAACAAAAUUUGAAUUUUAUUAAGAAAAUGAAGACCUUGACUCCUAGGGAGUUACUUUUUAAUUUAAAUUAUUUAAUUGUUUUUAUAUUUCAAUAAAAAAAAUGUACAUAUUAUUCUAGAAAAAAAAAUUACUAGCUACUACUUAUCCUAUUGUGUAUAAGAUUGCUUCCUCGAAAAAAAAUCUGAAAUAUAUAGACUAAAAAAAAAAUGAUAUAUAACAUUUAAACGAAACUUAAAAAAUAAACACAAAAAUUAGGACAAUAAUUUAAAAAAAUCGGCUUAGUUCGUUAGAUUUUUUUUUCAAUUUGAAUAAAAAAAAAAAUAAUGAUAAAAUAAAGCGAAAAUUGUAAAUAAAUGAUAAAAAUAAAUAUAACAAAAAAAAAAUAAUAAUAAUAAUAAUAAACACAAUGAGUAAACUAGCAGCGACUUAGGAUAAUAAUUACAAUAUAAGAUACAAUUAUUGCUACUGAAACUUUAUAUUAUAUAUACAUACAUACCUAACUAUAUAUUUUAUACAACAAUUAGUAAAUAUUAUGUAUAUUCCCUAAGCAAAAAAAAAAUUAAAUUUAGUGGUCAAAAAAACUCAAAUUAAAGUUAAAAAAAAAAAAAUAAAAUAAAAAAAAAUAUGUUCGGUUGUAACGCUAAACACGAAUGUUUCUCGCUACAAGGAAUUUGAAAGUUAAUGUAAUAAGUAAUA